AUGGCGAAAAAGAAAUCGGGCGGUGCUAAAAAGGGUGCUGCUGGUAGUGCCGGCGGGAGCACGAGCCCCGGUGCUGGGGCAGCACGUUCAGCUACACCCGGACCUGCAUCUGACAAUCCUCCAGCUGGCGAUUCCUCCCGGGCAACCUCGAGCCAAGCAAGCGAGCCACCAUCGAGUCCAACACCGUCGUCCACCCCGGCCCCGUCCAAACCCCAAGACCCAAUUAAGGCCGCAGAAAAGGUCAAAGAAGAGGGCAACGUCAAGUUCAAAGCUAAGAAUUACGAUGAUGCGGUGGAUCUGUAUAGCGAGGCUAUCGACCUAAACCCGCAAGAACCGUCCUACUGGACGAACCGGGCAGCCGCCUACAUGGCCUUGAAGCGCUUCCGCCCCGCGCUCGCAGACUGCCAACAAGCCCUCUCCAUCCUCUCCCCCUCCUCCACACCCUCCUCCACCCCCGCCUCGCCCUCCACAACCACCACCCCCGCGCUCGUCAAAACCCUCUUCCGGCUCGCGCGCUGCCAAUUCGGCUUGGGCGAAAGCACCGCGGCGCUCUCGACGCUCUCCCGCCUCUUCGCGCUCGAACCCAGCAACGCCGCUGCGAUCCAGCUCAAGCACAAGAUCGAGGCUCUGCAGGGGCACGUGAAGAACUUUGAGCAGGCGAAGGGGAAGAAGGAGUGGGGUAUGGCGCGGUUGUCGUUGGAUAAGUGUUUGCAGGCGAUUGAGGCGGAGGGUGGGGAGGUUCCUGGGGAGUGGAGGGUUUGGAGGGUCGAGUUGGAGUUGGCGAGAGGGAGUUGGGAUGCUGCUGGGAUUGCUGCCAAUGAUGCACUCCGGUUGUCGCCCAACUCGCCUGAAGCCCUCACCCUGCGCGGAUUGGUCCUCUUCUUGACAGGAAGGCUGUCCUCGUCGCUUACGCACCUCCAGAACGCGCUCCGGUUGGAUCCUGGACACGAGAAAGCCCAGAAGCUGCGGAAGCGGGUGAAGGAUGUGGAUCGCUUGAAGGAAGAAGGGAACGUUUUCUUCAAGAGGGGCGGGCUUGUGGAGGCUGUUGAGCGGUACACUGAAGCUCUGGAGAAAAUCGGUCAAAGUGAGGAAGAAGGACAUGGUGGACAGAUACGUGCGACGCUAUUGUCGAACCGGGCCACGACGCUUCUCAAGGUGCAAUCUACUCUCCCUGAUUUUCUAAACCGCAACGAAGAAGCCCUCGCCGACACGGACGAAUCCCUCAAACUCUUCCCUCACUCCUUCAAAGCCCUGCGCACACGCGCCCGGCUCAACCUCAACCUCGAAAACUACGACGCCUCGAUCGCCGAUUUCAAAUCCGCCAUCCAAGAAGCGUCGAACGAGGGCAGUGCGACUGAAGCGGACGUGAGAGCGUUGAAGAGCGAGUUGAAGAAGGCUGAGGCGGCGUUGAAGAGGAGUAAAACGAAGGAUUAUUAUAAGAUUUUGGGUGUUUCGAGGGAUUGUACGGAGGUUGAGAUUAAGAAGGCGUAUAGGAGGGAGAGUUUGAAGCAUCAUCCUGAUAAGGGAGGAGACGAAGAGAAAUUCAAACUCGUCGUCGAGGCUCACGCCGUACUCUCCGACCCACAAAAACGCCGUAUGUACGAUAUGGGCGAGGAUGUGGAUGGGUCGAGUGCGAGUGAUGGGAUGGGUGGUAUGGGUGGUAUGGGCGGGAUGUCGCAUGUGGAUUUGGCGGAGCUGUUUGCGCAGUUCCAUGGGAGUCCGUUUGGGGGUGGUGGGUUUGGUGGGGGGCGGAGGGGGCAUAGUCAUGGUGGGUUUGCGUUUUAG